AUGCCCACCAGCUUCGACCGCCUGGAGAAACUUUUCUCCCGGAGGAAGGACUUCUCCAUCCAAACAAGUCCAUCAACGCCAACCUUGGAGUCAUCGGGUCCUAGGACCGCUAGCCUGGAUCACAGUUUUCCCCAGCCGUCUUUCAUCCGCCCGCGGGUCUCCCGCAUGAAGGCCAGAGAGGAGCGCAUUGUAGCCUCGCAAAAUGAGAGACGUACCCAGAGCCUCCCAGAGAAUCAGUCCGAGCGCAUCUCAAUACACAUCUCUCACCUCAACAGCGCAAGCACAACAACUCUCAACCUUCCAACCCGCUCCAUGUCGCUUAAUCACCGCAGAGAAAGUCAGCCGGUGGCGAGUCUGCGUGGAUUCGAUUUUCCGUUUCCUCCCACAUCCCCUUCCCCGGCUUCGCCUUUUAGUGCUACUUUCUCUUCGAAAACUCUCCCCACAGCGCAUAAACUUUCCCUCGAGCACCGCCACAGCUCUGUCAUCAUCCCUCCCAGAGCAGACACCCCACCCACCUCGGACCACGAGGACGACUCAAGCAUAAAGGGAUCCCGGCGCCGGCCAUCCUCUUCUCUCAGCAGAGAUUUGCCGACGCCUGCCGCAUCUCCAGAAAUGAAGCCCAUCCACGAUAUCCAAUCUCGAGACUCUGCAGAGCUGAGCUUGGCCAAAAGGAAAGCCGCCGCUGCAGCCACCAGACGUCGAAGAGAGGAAAAGGCGGCGGCUUUGCGUAGGCCUCAGGGCCAGUCGAGACCUCACAGGUCCAUUACUUCAUCAAGCCAGAUCCUCAAAGGUGGGGAUGUCAUGGAUUUCUUCAACCUCUCGGACGAAGACAUUUUGGAGGAACCAGAGUUGGAGGAUGAUGCAGACACUUCAAUCAUGCCGGCGCCUUUACGACUGCCACCAUCCCCGCCAACUCCAGCCUCUACAGUGUCAUCAGUUGGCUCCAAACGACGAACCUCUUCUAUUCAUGCUGACGAUGUCGCCAAAGAAGGAGCGUUGCAGGUCGCUCAGAUUGCGGCCAAGCACAAGUUCGACCUCGUUUAUAUCGUCAAUUUGUGGCCCGAAGGAGCGUCAGAGCUAUUGUCGCCCACAUUUCGCUCUUCUAUGGACUUCUCAUCUCGACCUUCGAGCAUGAGAAAUUCGCUUCUUGGACCUAUGGAUGGACCGAUGGUGGACACCACUGCUGGUAUGACUGGACGACUGCUCGCCGCCUAUGGCUUGUCGAAUUUGACCAGUCCCUUCCGUAUCUCAGCUACUGUUCAGUCCAGGAUUUUGAAGCAGGAGGGCUGGAUGGAAUACCGCAGCGAUGACGCGCAGGCUGGUGAGAUUGCACGAGGGUAUGGUCACGCUUUCCACACGGCCACUGGCCGAAGAAGCUCUGCGAACUCAAGUCCCCGAAGCCCGGGUGCGCAAGACAUGUCACUGAACGAUCGCGGCAUUGUCUUCGCCGCUUACCGCUAUCCGAGCAAGGAUCCCGAAACAACCGGGUGCACCAAGGAGGAGCUUGAUGCAUUGCGCGCUGAUGCUGAAGGCCUCGUCGAUUACCUCGUCGCCAUCCACAAGGCGCGACGCCUUCGAGACCCCAUGACGCUACAGACGCUUGUCGACGAGGACGUUGCGCUUUAA